CCGCCAUCCAGAUAUCCUGCAAUGCCCUUAAUGAAUAAUAUGACCGGUUCAUUGAGCCGCCUAGCCUAGUUGAACACCAGUACGCCGAUACUAGAUCCUUUCCCCUGCCGAUCUGUCUCAUUCAUCAGGUUUCGAACGUGUUCUUGGACUUACUCGUAUACACGGACCGUCGAUCCGCCGCCUUCGACUCGUAAUCAACCUUCCUCCAAAAUUGAGCUCAGGUAUUAAUCCCUUCAGUGACAACGGUCGCCUUGCAUCCGGACAGGAGCGCACCGAUUUCGGUCCCAGAUGCUCCAGUCGUGCCAUCGAUGAGCAGCCUAAACUUCCCCCCAAAGUCCCCCUUCCGUCGGGGCCAUUCCCGUUCGCUUAGCCAUCCAUUCCCAUCUCCUUUCGGCGGAUUCGGUAAGAGACGGAACAAAUCGAUUUCCAAACAUGACAUCCUCGAUUCGGACGAUGAUGACGAUGAUUUUGGAGUCGGCUAUGCGCCUGGGCGUCUCUCCAGCAGUCCGCGAAAGGAACCCGUGCGUGCGGUGCCCGAGGAUGAAUUCGUCGCUGGAAGAUGCAUGACUUGCAACUCAACCGUGCGAUGGCCUCGACAUCUCAAGGUUUUUCGGUGCACAUCUUGCUUGGCCGUUAAUGAUCUCGAGCUCCCAAGGGAAUCGAAAGACUAUAUAGGUUCUGAUAAGUCCGCCAAGGGUAAAGCGCCGCCCCCGGCGAACGUUCAGAGAAAAGCGGCUCCAUUGACCGUUGAACGGACCAAGGCAAUCAUGGAGGAUUGCGUCUCCAGAUAUCUACAGAAACUCUUGGGCGAACCGAAGUCGACUCUCAGCGAGGGGGCUAGGGAGGGUAGGCCUCGCGAUAUCAACCAGGAUCAUCUUUCUCAACCACGAGCACAUGCCUCCAGGCAUCUGUCGCCCAAUUCAGCCGUGCGCCCUCGCAAUCGCACUCCAUCGGCCGGCCGGCCGGCCGGUGGGUCGGAUGGAGAGCACCGAAAUCCCUUUCUCACACCGUCUGGAUACGCGGAAGAAAAAAAUAUUCAAACGAGAAAUCGAUCACAUUCAGAUGUCCUGAGCUCGUUGAAAGAUGACCAGCUGCCUGGGGAGAUUGGGCGGCCCUCGCGGGAUCGCGAGGACAUGGAACAUUAUAGCCACCCUUUGAUAUUUAACGAACUAGAGGAAUAUUUAAUGUCUUCAUUUAAAGGCUGCGACUGCUUAAAUAACUCUUUUACAACCGUGCCGCCGCCUGUGCGAAGGGCCAGCGAGGAACGUCCGCCGAAGAUGAAACGUGAACCAAGCCCUGCUGCGCCUGAUUCCUCGCGGACAGUUCCCAUCUUUGAACCCGAUCCAAAAGUUCUUCUCCUUGGGGACCUCGGGGAGAAUUCUUCGUGGUGGAUGAACGAUUGGACCUAUUCCAGUGGUCAUAAUCGUCUGCACCCGAAAGACAGAUCUUCCAGCAUGUCUAGAGCAGUGUCAUCCAGGAACCCUCGGAUAAAUUGGACUGAAGUUGCACAAUGGUACCAGUUAAUCUUGGCCUCGGGGACAUCGUGGGCUGAGCAAUGGAUGGCGAUGAGGCCAGUUGAUCCCGCCGACGAAGAAGAGUCCACAAAAUGCAGCAGAUGGUACUCGAUCGAUAUGUCUACGAUCGAAAGAGAGAUGACCGAAGCACGCCUGCAUUUACGGCGGACGCUGCUUAAAGCUACAGAAAACCUUCUAAAGCGACCGCGGCGGCCGCUCACGAAACCCGAUGAUACCAGAUUUCUCCUUAUAUUGCUGGAGAAUCCCAUGCUCUAUUCAUCCAAGUUGAACGCCACUUCGAGAAGGAGCGAAAGAAGACCGUCAGACUCAAAGGAUAUACGUCGGCCAAUACCCCGUGAUGGCAAGUCGCCUUCUCGCAAAGGACCACCGAUGGCCACAGGGCCACGGCAUGGAGAUCCCAGUUAUCCCUCGAGUAUUCUCAAGCGGAUUUUUGGCUUGCUGGCCAAUCUGCCCGAUGUUUGCCAUCAAUACCUCAUAUCAUGGGUUUCCCGUUUCUCUGUAGACCACUUUGAAAGAAUAGUCAAUCUGAUCGGUGGAUUCGUCACCUACCGAUUGACUCGCCAACAUGGGCGAAAACGCUCUGAAGUUCCUCCGACAGAUGAUAGUCUAAUCCCCAGCUUUGCUAGUGCCUCUGGCAACACCCCAGCAGGGCUGCACGCUGCCCUCAACGCCAGAAGUUCCAGCAAACCGGCAGGUGACAGGGGUGACAGCCCUCUCAUGUACGGGGAUGACUGGCAGAUUCGUGCUGCGGCGCGAGUGAUGUCCAUUUUCUUUACAGCAAAUAACUCCAACAUCUCUAAACGACGAGAUGGAUAUCCGAACGACGAGAGAACAAAUCACGGGCCGCCCGGUGUAGGCAAUCGCCAUGGUCAUUUAAUACCUAUAAAUGUGUUCUAUAACACUCUUCUCGACUAUUCGGAUCUCGUGGCGGACUUUGAAACGUGGGAAUCGAAGUCGCCAAAGUUUGCUUUUUGCCAGUACCCGUUCUUCCUGAGUAUCUGGGCUAAGAUCCGUAUCCUGGAAUACGAUGCGCGGCGUCAGAUGGAAGGGAAAGCGCGUGAGGCCUUUUUUGACAGUAUAUUAAGCCAUAAGGCUGUGAGUCAGUAUCUGGUGUUGAGGGUCCGGCGAGAGUGCCUGGUUGAAGACAGCCUCCAGGGUGUCAGUGAAGUAGUAGGGACUGGAGAGGAAGAGAUUAAGAAAGGCCUACGAAUUGAAUUUGUAGGUGAAGAGGGCGUCGAUGCUGGUGGCCUUCGCAAGGAAUGGUUCCUCCUCCUAGUCAGAGAGGUCUUUGAUCCUCUUCAUGGUACGCCUUUUUUUUUAUCGUGAGAAGAUCUCUUUACUCAUGCUCACUAUGUUACAGGACUCUUUCUCUAUGAUGAAGAUUCUCAGUACUGCUAUUUCAACCCUUAUUGUUUUGAGUCGUCUGAGCAGUUCUUCUUGGUGGGCGUCUUGCUUGGAUUAGCGAUUUACAACUCUACCAUCCUUGAUGUGGCACUUCCACCGUUUGCGUUCAAGAAGCUUCUGGCUGCUGCGCCGCCGAGCAAUGGACCGCAGAUAUCAGCUACUCGGUCAAACUUCAAAAGUAGGUUGGACGAUCUUGCAGAAUACCGACCUGCCCUGGCGAAGGGUCUGCGAGCAUUACUCGAAUUCGAGGGAGACGUCAAGGAGACGUUCUGCUACAACUUUGUGGUACCGGUUGACCGAUACGGUGAAGUGGUCGAGGUUCCUCUCUGCCCUGGCGGCGAGAAGCGACCGGUGACGAAUUCCAACCGACGCGAGUUUGUAGAUCUGUAUGUGCACUAUCAGCUGGAUACUGCGGUGGCGCGACAGUUCGAGCCGUUCAAGCGCGGCUUCUUCACGGUGUGUGGCGGCAACGCAUUGUCGCUCUUCCGGCCCGAGGAGAUCGAGCUCCUGGUGCGGGGAUCGGACGAACCUCUGGACGUCGCGACGUUACGAGCGGUGGCAACAUACGACAACUGGGGGGUGCCGCAUCCCGAGUCGGAGCCGGUGGUGAGAUGGUUCUGGGAGUUCUUCGGGAACAUCAAACCGCAGGCACAGCGAAAGGUACUGUCAUUCAUCACAGGCAGCGAUCGGAUCCCAGCCAUGGGGGAAACUAACCUGACGAUCCGACUGGUGUGCCUGGGGGGGGACACGAAUCGGUAUCCCACUGCGCGGACAUGCUUCAACACGCUAGCACUGUACCGAUACAGGACGCGAGAGAAGUUGGAGCGGAUUCUGUGGGGGGCGGUGGUUAACAGCGAGGGGUUUGGGCUGAAAUAGAUGUUAUUGGGCAGGUGUAAGACGAGGCUGUUGAAACGGGGAUUACGUGUAGAUGUCUAUGAAGCAGUGCAGGGUAGACUAAGACCAGAAAAUAAGAAAAUAAAUGGGUGCCU